AGAAUCUGAAAGGUGCAGCCCCAUGGCCAGCGCUUCCCUUUCUGCGGUUUCCUUCUCCAGCUCAGCAAAUCCGCGUGCUCUGACAUAAUUUCCCUGCUAUCGUGGACUCAUUUUCUUUCCUUGAAACCCCGCGCGGGCCCCGCGGCCGGGGAGGAAAGGAGGGCAUGGCCGCAGGGCCGAGCACUGUGCAGAGCCCUGCAGAGCCCAGCUCCAACCCUGCUCGCAGAUCCCUCAUCCACAGCACCAUGAAGGUCUCCGCAGCCGCUCUGGUCGCUCUCCCCCUCGUGGCCGCCCGCUCCCCAUCUGAGGCCCAUUUCGAUGGUGUCCCCACCAUGUGCUGCUUCACCUACCACCAACGCCCCAUCCCACGGCACCUCAUCACCUCUGCCUGUAUCACCAGCAGCAGCUGCAGCCAGCCAGGAGUGAUCAUGAUCACGAAGAAGAAGGAGCGGUGCACAGACCCCCGGGCGGCCUGGGUGCAGGCACAUCUGCAGCACUGCCAGAGCCUGAAGAACUGAUCCUUCCCCACUGCCACCCGUGAUGCCCCUGGCGCUUCCCCAGCCCCAGGUGCAC